UCCCUCUCACCACAUUUGGCCUUUUGCACAUGAACUGCGCAUUACCGACAUCCGCGAUUCCCUCCACCGCAUCGCUCCGGAGCAAAAGCAUUCCGCUGGCCCGAAGAUUUUCUCUUUAGAUUUUGUUGCCGCGAAUUGUUUUGUCGACGCGACGUCUGUAGAGGUCUAGGUGGUGCUUCCAUCCUUCCACGUCGCAUUCAGCUCACAGCCCGAUUCUUGCACCAACAAAUCACCCACCGCCGACACGCGAUCGCUCUUGCAGCUAGCACGAAUUGCUAUCUAAAGCGGCUCGAAUACGGGAUCAUCAUCAUUAUCCGGAGCAUUCUUCGUUGGCGUGCGCCGCUCGAUUGUCCCCAACCCACGAGCUCCCAUAAGCGCGCAGCGCCCGCUCAUCAACGUGUCGCGACUCGAAUUUGAUCACAUUGUGAAUCGAGACCGACAGUUCUAUCGAAACCGAAGUUAUUCCGCGUUGCGAUCAAAGGUUAUAAUUGGAGCUUCUCAUCAAAGGCGUUCAUAGGAGCCAGUCGAGGGCUCUACCACCAUACAGCCAUGUUUAACGGAGGCUACGCCUUCAACAACGGAGGCCAGCAGUUCAAUCCUGCUGCUGCACAACAGCAAGGCGGCCAACCGAAUACUCAACAGCAACAACAACAGCAACAAAUGAUGUUCAACCAGCAGCAACAGCAGCAGCAACAGUUUGCGGGUAUGGCACCACAGGGAGCCUUCCCACCUGGCGCAAACCCCCAGAUGAUGCAUGGACAACCGGGCAUGAUGCAGAACCCAGGCAUGGGAAAUAUGCCCCCUAACGGUCAAAUGCAAGGCUAUCCACAGCAGUUUGCAGCCCAGUACGGGCAGGUUCUGCAGUCCUCUGGGCAGCCGAAUUUUGCGCCUAAUAACUUUAUGAUGGCUGCUGGCGGAAUGCAAGGAUUCCCCAUGAAUCCGCAAGGAAUGACCCCUCAGCAGGCUCAGAUGAUGCAGCAACGCCUUCAGCAGCAGCAGGCGGCACAGGCACAGCUUCAAGCACAACAACAACAGCAACAGCAACACCAGCAGCAGCAGCAACAACAGCAUCCUGGACAGCACCAACAAGGACACCCCCAGCAACAACAGCAGCAGCAACCACCUACACCACAGCAGAUGCAACAGAUGCAACAGGCACAACAACAGCAGCAGCAGGGCAACCACCCAAUGAUGCAGGCCGGAACACCUCAAAGACCGCCCAGCGCCGCCCAGGGAACACCGAACCCUAUGCAAACGCCUCAAGCUCAAUUCUCUCCCACACAACCUCCCCCACAGCUCCAAACACCAGGAAACCAGCCUCAGCCGGGACCCGGAGGCGUAGGCACCCCCCAGACACCAGGCUUCCCAGGUAGCCAAGGACCUGGAAGUGCUUCGACACCCACAGCGCCAAUGAGCCCAGGCUCAGAAGCAAGGGAGAAGGAGAGAUUCGCACUCCUUUUGGAUAUUAACCAGGAACUCCUGUAUGAGUCUAUCCUCUUACAGAUGACGCAACAGGAGCUCAAGAAGGAAAAGGCUGCUGCCAAUGGUACUGCGGGAGACAAGAAGCCUGCUGAAGAAGAGGGCCAGUUUCAACAAGAUUAUUUCCACUGCAUGAAACGACUACAGGCCAAUCUGGCUUAUAUGGCUGCCAUGGCUGAUCGCAAACCCGAUGCCAAGGUGCCGCCUAGUCCAGCGUUCUUGAGCGCUCCGCCACUAAAUAUGACCCUACGCCCUCGUGCUCAGCCUUCAACUGCUGAAGGGUCAGAUGUCAAGGUCGAUCCGAUAGCGGACCGAGAAGAGCGUGACAAGACCAUCAAGGACUUGUAUAGCAGAUUGCAAGCUGCAUUCCCUGGCUUGGAUCCCAAAAAGGAGCCGCCAUAUAGAAUGCCGCCGACAGGCAAGGUAGCCAAUGCAAUGGGCGUCCAAGGCAGCCCAGCGCCGCAAAAGACGCCCCAGCUGCCCAAUGCGCCUAUGCCGAGCAACUAGUACUAGCUAUGCAUACAAAAAACAGAAGAAGAGAUGAGAUGAGGGACUAGAGAGGGCGUGCAUCAGGAUGGAAGAACUGCGCAGCGUGGUUUUUGACUUUGUGCGGCUUUGUUGCAAAUAUCCAUAGGCGUCGAGAGGCAAUGGGAGCUUAUCAAUUGUAUUUAUAUAGGCUAUUAUUAUGCCAUAGGCGAAAUUGGGAAAGAAAGUUAUCGUGACUAAACAUAAUGAACUAAAUAUAGUGACCAUGUCCUGUUGCUCUCGGGUGAAGCCGGUGAGUCUUCUGCGCGUUAGUGUCGCGUGACGUGUGUAAGAGGAAUCUCUCCAUAUAGUGGACGGCUCUCUCUUUUGACAUAUCUGCAGCAGCUUUUUUUUUCUGGGUACGCUGGACACGAGUAAUGAGGCUGCUACUAGCCCUGCGUGCGCUGUCUAGAUCCGUGUAUCCACAGCGCUGGGUGGUCGUGUGCCGAUAAGAAGCUUUUUUUUCUUCCUCUUGUAUCGGAGACGCUGGAUGCUACUGUCUCUUUCGGCGUGACCAACUGGAUAAGCGCUAUUUGAUGCAUGUAUUCUUGGAGCUCGUUUGUGUUUUGUCUUUGGUUGAUAACGAAUGCCAGCCGAACUUGGCACAGGCCAUGAUUGGUGCUUGCAGGCGGUGAAGGAAGCGAUCAACCGGCGACCGAACCAC